AUGGAUUUUUUUUGUUGUUGUCUGGCCACCUGCUCCUCUGAUCGCUCUGUGAAGAUCUUUGACGUCAAAAACGGAGGGCAGAUCCUCGUGGCUGAUCUGAGGGGUCAUGAGGGUCCGGUGUGGCAGGUGGUGUCGUGGUCUCACCAUGUGUGGGGAAAUAUUGUGGUCUUGUUCUUAUGAGAGGGGGGUGUUAUUAUGUGGGGGGGGGAGAGGGGCAUGUGGGAAGAUGUGUGUGUAUACAGGGGACGAGUCUUCUCCGUGAACUCUGUUUGCUGGGGACCGUAUGACUUCGGCUUGUUUCUGGCCUGUGGCAGCUCAGACGGUGCCAUUUCAGUGUUGACCUGCUCUGGAGAUGGACACUGGGAUAUUAAGAAGAUCAACAAUGCACAUACAAUCGGCUGUAACGCUGUGAGUUGGGCCCCAGCUGUUGUCCCAGGGAGUCUUAUUGAGCAGCCAACAGGACAGAAGCCCAACUACAUCAAGAGAUUUGUGUCUGGGGGCUGUGACAAUCUGGUCAAGCUGUGGAAAGAAGAGGACGGCCAGUGGAAAGAGGAUCAGAAGCUGGAGGCGCACAGUGAUUGGGUGAGAGAUGUUGGCUGGGCUCCUUCCAUAGGUCUGCCGACCAGCACAAUCGCCAGCUGCUCACAGGAUGGUCGUGUGUUUAUCUGGACGUGUGAUGACCCAGCCGGCAACACCUGGACGGCCAAACUUCUGCACAAAUUCAAUGAUGUGGUGUGGCACGUGAGCUGGUCCAUCACAGGAAACAUCCUGGCUGUGUCAGGAGGAGACAACAAAGUGACCCUGUGGAAGGAGUCAGUGGACGGACAGUGGGCUUGUAUCAGUGACGUCAACAAAGGCCAGGGGGCCGUGACCUCCAUCACAGACAACCAACAGAACGAGCAGUGAAGUCUGUCUCCGCUCUCACACCUUCAAUCAGACAUCUUUCUGCCCUCAAAGACUUUUCUUGAAUGUUAAAAGUGCAUCUCACCCCCAGACGGCGGAGCGGAUAUGAAAUUUUGUUUUGGUUUUCAACCUUACCCUGAUUUUUUUUUUUACAUUGGUUCAUUUCCAAACAGGAUGUUUGAGCUGAUUUGUAAUAUUUUUAAUUCUCAACAUGUCAAUUAUGUUGAGAAAUGAUUCAUGGAGAAGUAAAAAAAAAGUUGAUAAAUGAAA